AUGCUGCGAGUAAGGUGUCUGAGAGGAGGUAGCAGGGGAGCUGAGGCAGCUCACCUUAUUGGAGCUAUGCUCGGCCGGGCAGUGACUGGGUGGGUGCAGAGGGCACUCCAGAGCACCUCCAGUUCAGCGGCUGCCGUUAAGUCGCAGCUGGAAGUGGAGGACACUGUUACUGAUCCCGUUUCCCAGGAAUGCCCGGUCUGCGCCUACAACGAAUGGGACCCGCUCGAAGAAGUCAUUGUUGGCAGAGCGGAGAACGCUCGCGUGCCUCCAUUUACAGUGGAGGUCAAGGCAAACACCUACGAAAAGUAUUGGCCCUUUUACCAAACGUAUGGGGGCCAGACGUUUCCUGAGGACCACUUGAAAAAGGCUGUUGCAGAAAUCGAGGAACUGUGCAAUAUUCUGCGUUUGGAGGGGGUUACUGUGAGGAGACCAGAGCCUAUUGACUGGUCUGUUCAGUACAAGACACCAGAUUUCACAUCUACAGGCAUGUAUGGAGCUAUGCCUCGAGACAUCCUACUCGUUGUUGGGAAUGAGAUUAUUGAGGCACCUAUGGCAUGGAGAGCUCGUUUCUUUGAGUACCGGGCUUACCGGCCUCUCAUCAAGGAGUACUUCAAAAAAGGUGCAAAAUGGACCACAGCUCCAAAACCCACCAUGGCCGAUGAACUGUACGACCAGGACUACCCCAUUCGAACUGUGGAGGACAGACACAAGCUGGCUGCACAGGGCAAGUUUGUGACCACUGAAUAUGAGCCCUGCUUCGAUGCCGCUGACUUCAUGCGCGCUGGAAGGGAUAUUUUUGUCCAGAGGAGCCAGGUGACAAACUACAUGGGCAUCGAAUGGAUGCGCCGGCACCUUGCGCCCGACUACAAGGUGCACAUCAUCUCCUUCAAGGACCCCAACCCCAUGCACAUCGACGCCACCUUCAACAUCAUCGGGCCGGGCCUGGUGCUGUCCAACCCGGACCGACCCUGCCGCCAGAUUGACAUGUUUCAUAAGGCUGGAUGGACCGUGGUGAAGCCUCCAACGCCACUUAUCCCUGAUGAUCAUCCCCUGUGGAUGUCUUCUAAGUGGCUCUCUAUGAAUGUCUUAAUGCUGGACGAAAAACGCGUCGUGGUUGACGCCAACGAGACUUCCAUCCAAAAGAUGUUUGAGAAACUUGGAGUUAAAACAAUUAAGGUGAGCAUCCGUCAUGCCAACUCCCUGGGAGGUGGCUUCCACUGCUGGACCACUGACGUGCGUCGCCGUGGUACCCUACAGUCCUACUUCCACUAG